UUGCCUGUCUGCGAUGAUGAUGAUGAUGAUGAUGAAGGGGCGUUUCUUCGUCCUGCAGCUUCUAUUGGUCACUGAUGGACUUUCCCCUUCAUAUCAGCUUCAUUCAGUAAAAAUAGCCGUCAGUCGGCCAGUGGACAGCAGCUGCUCAUGACCACACACACACACACACACACGUGCACACACACUAGCCUGGACACUCACACUAGCACACACACACUAGCCCAGACACCCAUUCGAGUGCACACACACACUAGCCAGCACACUCACACACUAGAGCACACACAUUCUAGCACGCGCACACACACAACUGUGCGCGCACACACUAACAGCAGUGCGCACACACACUCUUCUCCUUCAUCUCAGGAAUGGCUCUGGACUUCGCUGCUGGAUGUUUCGGAGGAGCCGCAGGUGUGCUGGUUGGACACCCGUUUGACACAGUGAAGGUGCGGCUGCAGGUGCAGAGUGUGGACAAGCCCUUAUACCGCGGUACAAUUCACUGCUUCCAGUCCAUCAUCCGGCAGGAAUCGAUGCUGGGCCUCUACAAGGGCAUCGGCUCCCCGCUGAUGGGUCUGACCUUCAUCAACGCCAUCGUGUUCGGUGUGCAGGGGAACGCCAUGCGGAUGCUGGGCUCCGACACGCCGCUGCAUCAGUUUAUGGCAGGCGCCGCGGCCGGACUCAUCCAGAGCGUGAUCUGCUGCCCGAUGGAGCUGGCCAAGACCCGUAUGCAGAUGCAGGGCACGGGCGAGAAGAGCUUAUCCCGCCGGCUCUACAGGAACUCCCUGGACUGCCUGAUCCGCAUCUACCGCCGCCAGGGCUUCAGAGGGAUCAACAGAGGCAUGGUGAGCACCGUGAUCCGCGAAACGCCGGGAUUCGGGAUCUACUUUCUGACAUAUGACACACUGACGCGCUCACUAGGCUGCGAGGCCGGCGACCGCUUCAUCGUCCUCAAGCUGCUGCUGGCAGGCGGAGCCUCAGGCAUCGCCUCCUGGAUCUCCACCUACCCGGUGGAUGUUAUCAAAUCCCGCCUCCAGGCUGACGGAGUGGGCGGAGACUGCAGAUACUCCGGCAUGCUGGACUGUUUUGCACAGAGCUGGCAGAGGGAAGGGUGGAGGGCGUUCACUCGAGGGCUGACCUCCACCCUCCUCAGGGCGUUUCCGGUCAACGCCACCACCUUCGCCACCGUCACGCUCUUCCUCAUGUACAUGCGGCAGGAGGAGGUGGAGGACGCCUGCGAGUCCAUCCGGCCAGACCUCCAGCACAGCAGCCUCUAAACCCAAAGAAGGGUAUAAAUAGAGGGCGGAGCCAGCUCCAGGAGGGUGGGACUUGAGCUCCAAGUGGGCUGUACAAACCUCCAUUAAUUUAAAGUCUUGUACAUGACAGAGUCCAACCUGUUGAGUUUUAUGAAUGUCUACACCUGCCCCAACCCUAAACCCAGUCUCACAGUAACCUGUUGUGUUUAUUAAUGUCUUCUACACCUGCCCCAACACUAAACCCCACCUACUUGUGGUGCAAGUCCCUCCCACUUGCAGGUCAGCAGGCUGCAUCAAUCCAUACUUGAACCAAAGUGCCUAUCAAGGGCUCAUUCCAGUCCAAUUUGUCUCCGUCCUACACUCGCUAUCUUCCCUCAGAUGUACGUCAUUGGUUACGUUACACAUCGGUGGAUUUGCUCUUCAGUGUCUGGGCUUCAGCAGUGAUGUUUACACUCAACUGAACUCUGGAGACUGAAGGCGUUUCAGUUUACCAGGGCUUCAUCUGUGAUCAGCUGCUCUGACAUUGUUAACGCGCUGUAGAGAUAAAGAUGAACUGAUCAAGUGUCCGCUACUGCCCCAAGCACUUAGCAACUACACUGUUGUGACGCCACAAACACAUUGCAUUAUGGGACAUACAGGUGCUGGAGUGGGACAUAUGAAGGCGACUCGCUCACCACGUCAAAACUAAGGGAUUGAGGGUAUGCCAGUGUAAACUUCCCUCGUUCACUUGAAGUAAAGCGCACUUUAGAAUGACGACAGGGAUUAUCUCGAGAGAAGAAGGGAAGUUUGCGAUUGCGUGUCUAAAAGUGGACUGGAACACAGCUGAUUUCCAACUCGAGCUCAUCCAAGACCAAAGUCUGAUCAGAAUGAACGGGGGAAUCCUGAAAUCUGGAACACUGAGAGAUGGGUUCGAGAAACGCAGAUGAAGAAGUCAGUCAUCAUCUACUAGAGGCUGUGAUGCUUCUAAAACUUAUUUCUUCUGAACAGAAAGACUCAAACUCGUGUACGUGUGUUCAAACAAAGAAGAAUGAACUGCUUCAGAGCUGUUAAAGGGUCAGUUCACACACAAAUGAGGAUUCUGUCAUUAAUUACUCUCCCUCAGGUGCUGUCAAUCCCAAGCUGUGGCCUCACAGCAAGAAGGUCGCUGGUUCGAGACUCGGCUUGGUGUUUCUGUGUGGAGGUUCUCUCCAUGUUGCCGUGGGUUUCCUCCGGGUGCUCCG